AGUUAGAGGAGGAGCCACAGUUGAGGGAGGAGAGCUUCAGCGUCACUCUGAAGAAAUGAAACUUAAAGUUUGUCAGGGUGUCGGCCACGCAGCCGUCCAGAAAGGUCUCCGUUUCUCUUCAAAGAAAUUAAACUAACUUCAUCCAAUCUUUGUCAACGACACAGCAGAGUCUCUGCAAACACAGAUAUGGCUGCUGCAAACUAUCAUCGGUCUGAGGAUCAGUUUCUCUGCUCCAUCUGUCUGGAUGUGUUCAAUGAUCCUGUCACCACAUCAUGUGGACACAACUUCUGCAAAAACUGCAUCACUGAACACUGGAACACCAGCGACCAGUACCUGUGUCCAAUAUGUAAGAAGGUUUUUAACACAAGACCUGAGCUGCACGUCAACACUUUCAUCUCUGAGAUGGUUGGUCAGUUCAGAGACAAAGCUCAGCAGGAAGCCAGCAGCAGCAGCUCAGAGCUACAAGAGUCCAAACCAGGAGAAGUUCUCUGUGACGUCUGCACUGGAACCAAACAGAAGGCCCUGAAGUCCUGCUUAGACUGUCUGGUCUCCUACUGUGAGACUCACCUGGAGCCUCAUCUGACAGCUUCACGUCUGAAAAGACACCAGCUGAUCGACCCUGUGGAGAACCUGGAGGACAGGAUGUGUACGAAGCACGAUAAACCUCUGGAGCUGUUCUGUAAGACCGAUCAGACCUGUGUCUGCAUGCUCUGCUCUGUUUUAGACCACCAGACACACAAGUUUGUUCCUCUGAAAGAAGAAUAUGAAGAAAAGAAGGCAAAGCUGGAGGAGACAGAGACUGAAAUUCAGCAGAUGAUCCAGAAAAGACGACUGGAGAUUCAAGAGAUCAAACACUCAGUGGACCUCAGUAAAGACGAUGCAGACAGAGAGAUGGCAGAAGGUGUUCGAGUCUUCACCGCUCUGAAGGAGUCUGUUGAGAGAGGUCAGGCCGAGUUCAUCGACACGAUCGAAAAGAAGCUGAAAACAACAGAGAAACAGGCCCAAGCUUUCAUCAAAGAGCUGGAGCAGGAAAUCUGUGAGCUGAUGAAGAGGAGCACUGAGGUGCAGCAGCUCUCACACUCUGAAGACCACCUCCAUCUAAUCCAGAGAGUGCCAUCUGUGACCGUUACUCCAGUCUUUGGUGGGAGGAUUGUCCGGGGUUUGAAUCCAUGUCAACCGCUGUACGAGAGGACAUUGAAGAAAGCUGUGGCUCAGCUGGAGGAGACUCUCAGUGAAGAGAUGAAGAAGUUGGUUCAAACUGAGCUGAAGAGAGUCCAGCAGUAUGCUGUGGAUGUAACUCUUGAUCCUGAUACAGCACAUCCACAUCUCAUCCUGUCUAAAGGUGGGAGACAAGUACGUAAUGGUGAUGUGAAGAAGAAUGUUCCCAACAACCCAAGGAGAUUUUCUUCUUGUGCUUGUGUUUUAGGAAAGCAGAGUUUCUCUUCAGGCAGAUUUUACUUCGAGGUUCAGGUUAAGGGAAAGACUGGGUGGGAUUUAGGAGUGGCCAGAGAGUUCAGUAAAAGAAAGGGAGAUAUUUCACUGAGUCCUCAAAAAGGUUUCUGGACUAUAUGGUUGAGAAAUGGAAAUGAAUAUGAAGCUCUUGAUGACUCUUCAGUCCGUCUCUCUCUGAAGUGUCGUCCUGAGAAGGUGGGGGUGUUUGUGGAUUAUGGGGAGGGUCUGGUCUCCUUUUAUGAUGUUGGUGCUGCAGCUCUGAUCUACUCCUUUACAGACUGCUCCUUCAGGAUGAAACUCUUCCCUUACUUCUAUCCUGGUCUUGAUGAUGAUGAUAACUCUGCCCCUCUGAUCAUCUGUCCUGUCAGAGUUAAAUAACUAUUUCCCUGAUGCUCUUGUUUCACCAAAUUGAACAAAGAUGCACAACUUAUAUUUUAUAUCUUAAAUUUAGCAGGUGUUGACUGUGAUUGAUUUAAAGUUUACUGUUUAGUUUAUUGUUCCCAUUACACAGAGCUGCCAAGUGUCACGCAUUGGCUGUGAGAGUCAGGCAGAUGAGCAUCUUCACACAGUCACACGCUAACCAUCCUAUUUCAAUCGCUAACGGUCCUAUAAAUUGCCCCUUUUUAUGUUUCCCCACCCUGAAAUAUAUUUCCUCACUUGCUGCUUGCCGUACUCGGGGCCCUAUUCUGCUUCUGACUCACUUACCCAGUGAUCACAGGGAAUAAACGUCACCACCCCCUCCCACUCGCUCGAGGUGAAUUCUCCUGAUUAUAUCCUGCUGUGUUCUUUUUUUUUUUUUUUUAUUUAUUCUUUUUUUUUAUUAGGUGAUGCAGAACAAUACAAGACGAGUGAGGGAUAUGACAAGAACAAAAGUAUGUAGGAGACAGGGGAGACACGACAAUACGAUGCACAGCAUAGACAAAGACAAAACAGGCAGGCAGGGAGUAAUAAUAACGUUUUGCAAUUUUGUGGUAGUGUGGCAGUUUUGUGGUGUUGAAGGGCCCUGCUUGUGUAUGUGUGUGUGUAAUUCGAGUGUAUGCUUGUGUUUUUUUUUUGUUUUUUUCCUUUCCUUUUUUUUCUUUUUUCCUCCCUUCCCCUCCUCUAUACCCCUAUUCCUAUUUUUGUCCUUCUUCUUUCCCCCAUUCCAUUUUUCUUUUCUUUCUUUUUUUAAUUAAAUUUUUUUUAUUUUUUUAUUUCCUUCUCAUCCUUUUUCUUCUUUCCCCUUUCUUUCUCUAUAUAUUAUCUUUUUUUUUUUUCUCCUUCCUUUCUACUUCAGUCAUUGUGUGAUGCAGGGGUCCAGCUGUGUUCUUGAGGAGGCUGGAGGAGAAAUUCCGGGUGAAGAGAGAAACAUUCAGCUCUUUGCGUUCACACGCUCCUCCGGCAAAUAUCAGGAGUUUUUCAGGAAUUGUCUGCAGGUGUGAAAGCACCUAUAUUGUAUAUAUCUAUUUUAUGUUUCCUUUUGAAUGUGCAUGUAUAUAAAAAGCAAAACAAGAAUAUGUCAGCGUGUCAUACAGAAUAUCAGAUAUUUAAUAAACAGUUGUUCCAAACUUCUUCAGUAGAUUGAUUUCUCUGAUGUGGGAUCAGUUUGAUAAAUCUUUGUAUUAAGCGCCAUUUUCCUGUAAUAAGUUUGUUAUUGUUUGAAUUAUAUAAUUAGCAGUACAGCAGAGAAUAUAUUGGUGUUUAUCUCGGGAAUAUUGAUGAAUAUUUACUGUGAUUAUUUCUGUAUUUUACUCUGAAGAUUUGUUGUCAGACUUCCGUAGUCACGUGAUCAAGAGACAGGAAGUGAAGUGUAUUGUUGUGAGUUACGCUGUCGACGUAAAUAAACGAGUGACGGCGGAGCAAC